GAUUCCCAAGAAGAAGCAUUGUCGCACGGCACACUCUCUCUGUAACCCAAGCCCAGCACUUCACUCCUCCAUCACUGUCGCUCUCUCUCUCUCUCUCUCCUCUGUAAUCUCUUCCUUGAAGCAGCUGCUAACCUCCCGAAAGACGACGGAUGUCCUUCUAUACCGAGUUCUUGAACUGGGCUGAUGGAUGCGGCACGUGAAGUGCGGCAGUAGCUCGGUUCUCCCUUUUCCCAUCGGCAAGAACUCGCAAGACUUUUCUUGGAUCAUGGCGUUUAACCUGGAGUCCAUCGCGGAGGCCACGUCCGGAGCCGUCGGAGCUCUGGUCAGCACCACCGUGCUCUACCCGCUCGAUACCUGCAAGACCAAGUAUCAGGCCGAGAUUCGAUCCCGCAACCAUCAAAAGUACAGAAACAUUUCAGAUGUCCUAUGGGAGGCACUAUCUACUCGUCAGAUUCUUUCAUUGUACCAGGGACUUGGGACGAAGAAUCUCCAAUCUUUCAUUUCACAAUUUGUCUACUUUUAUGGAUAUAGCUUCUUUAAGAGACUUUACUUGAAAAAGAGCGGCAAUAAAAGUAUUGGAACGAGAGCAAACCUGAUUAUUGCAGCGGCAGCUGGAGCUUGUACUGUCAUUGUGACACAGCCUUUGGACACAGCAUCAUCCAAGAUGCAGACAAGCGAAUUUGGUAAAUCUAAAGGACUUUGGAAGACCUUUUCAGAUUUCACAUGGGGGGAAGCAUUUGAUGGUCUUGGCAUUUCUCUCCUCCUAACAAUAAAUCCAUCUAUUCAGUACACUGUAUUUGAUCAGUUGAAACAGAGAUUGUUGAAGACAAACCAGAGCAGAAGUAGUGGCACAGGGUCAUCUCCUGAGUCUCUUUCUGCCUUUUCAGCUUUCGUCCUGGGUGCAGCUUCCAAGUGUGUUGCGACCUGCAUAACAUACCCAGCUAUCAGGUGUAAGGUCACGAUUCAGGCCGCGGAAUCAGAUGAAGACGAGACAAAGGAAUCUCAGCCUAAAGCCGAGAAGACAGUUUCUGGUGCAAUGUACGCGAUUUGGAGACGAGAAGGCUUGCUGGGUUUCUUCAAAGGGCUGCAAGCUCAGAUCCUGAAGACAGUGCUAAGUUCAGCAUUACUCUUGAUGGUUAAGGAGAAGAUCACAAAGAGCACGUGGGUUUUACUGCUUGCACUUCAAAGGUAUAUUUUGGUCAAUCGUAUCAAAUUAAAGAAUGCUUGAUGAUUAGUGCAUGUCAUCAAAGUAGCCGGUUGUAGAACGUCGGGAUCCCGAGGUUGUGAUUGAGGGCCUGUUCCGGGGGAAAGGGAAGAUAAAUCAAAUUUCUAGCCAAUGGCAACGUCGACCGUUUCCCCUUGUUUAAUAAUGUGGGAAUGGUUUAGGUUUGUUAAAGGAUCAUAAGUAGAUAUCUUGCUAGCUUUCUCUUAAUGCAUAUGUGAUGUUACUUUCCUGAUCGGAUGUGAUUUGCUUGCGUGCUAGAAAAUCAAGUCCAGAAAUUCUUUCUUUGUGGAGAAAA